CAGGGCCCGCCCCGGCUGCCAGCGCCACGCCCGAGUCCCAGCUGCUUCCCGCCGCGCUGGAUGACAACCCAGCAGCCCCUAAGUCAACGCUAGCAAAGGGGGGCGUGGGCGGGGGAGGAAUAUUCCUUUGGACACGUAAUAUUGGCCCUGGGGCUCUCCAGCCCUUUGGGACUUCCAAUGGGAUCUUAGAAACAGCAGAAGCAGCGGGAGGUGCCGCAGCCCAGGGCCAGCCAGGAUUUGGAACGCUCUGCCCUGCAGCUCUUCCGGACCCAGCAGCCCAAAACUCUGCCCUGACCAUUCACCAGGGUCUCUUACUCUGUUGCUCAGGCUAGAUUGCAGUGGCAUCAUCAUAGCCCACGGCAACCUCAAGCUCUUGGGCUCUGGAGAUCUUCUUGCCUCACCCUCUCAAUAACCGAGACUACAGGUCACGGUUCUUAUCCACGUGAACACACAUGGCUCUGUUACGAAAAAUAAACCAGGUUUUGCUUUUCCUUCUGAUUGUGACCCUCUGUGGGAUCCUGUAUAAGAAAGUUCAUAAGAGGACUGUGAUCAAGAAUGAGACAGAUGUUGAAUCAGAGGCCCCCGAAGAACUGGAAGAGGAGAUUCCUGUGGUGAUUUGUGCCGCAGCGGGGAGAAUGGGCGCCGCCAUGGCUGCCAUCAACAGCAUCUACAGCAACACUGACGCCAACAUUUUGUUCUAUGUAGUCGGACUCCGGAACACUCUGUCUCGAAUACGAAAAUGGAUUGAACAUUCUAAACUGAGAGAAAUAAACUUUAAAGUCGUGGAGUUCAACCCUACCGUCCUCAAAGGGAAGAUCAGACCAGACUCUGCGAGGCCUGAAUUACUCCAGCCUCUGAACUUUGUUCGAUUUUAUCUCCCUCUGCUUAUCCACCAACAUGAGAAAGUCAUCUAUUUGGACGAUGACGUCAUUGUACAAGGUGAUAUCCAAGAACUGUAUGACACCACUUUGGCCCUGGGCCAUGCAGCAGCUUUUUCGGAUGACUGUGACUUGCCUUCCACACAGGACAUACAUAGACUUGUGGGGCUGCAGAACACAUACAUGGGCUAUCUGGACUACCGGAAAAAGACCAUAAAAGACCUUGGCAUCAGCCCUAGCACCUGCUCUUUCAAUCCUGGUGUCAUCGUUGCCAACAUGACGGAGUGGAAGCACCAGCGUAUCACCAAACAAUUGGAAAAGUGGAUGCAGAAAAAUGUGGAGGAAAACCUCUAUAGCAGCUCCCUGGGAGGAGGGGUGGCCACCUCCCCAAUGCUGAUUGUGUUUCACGGGAAAUAUUCCACGAUCAACCCUCUGUGGCACAUAAGGCACCUGGAGUCUGCAGAUGCCGCUGAUGUUCUCCGCUACCUGAGGGGCACGUUUCUCAGAAGCCAUGGUCGCUACUGGACUAGUGCUGAGCAUAUGUGACGUGUGCAAUAAACAUUGGCUUUUGUUCAGAUGGAACUUUCACUGUCAGACUUUUUUCCGAGGCCUUUAUUGCCCUUUAUUGCAGGGGACUACAGUGGACAAGACCAAAUGAAGUAGCAUAAUGGCCUAUGACAAAUUUUGAUAGCUGGCAUUAAACUUUGUUUUAAAAAGCACUAGUCACUUACUGAAUGUGAACUAUGUGCAUCCCUUAAUCUGUUCACUACAAAGCGUGGGCUCUGGGUAUGGCUGGGAAUC